CCUCAGAGAGGAGAGACCACGCCACAAUAUCCGCUUUUUUUGAGGACAGUUCAUGCCGCCAUCACCGUCUGACGUUCGGAUUUAUAGGUUUAGCCGAAAUAGCUUCCACUGUGUAGAGAUCAAACACCACUGAACUCUCUCUACGUGCGUGUGAAUUAACGUGCUUGUGUUUGGAAUAGUGCACUGAUCGGCGGCUCCUUGGCAUUAUGUCGGGGAACCGUGAAGUCUGAAGUGGCGUGCGAGUUCAUUAGUAGUACAGUUGGACUUUUGGACAGUUAAUCCCUGCAGGUUGAUGUGGGCACCAUGCACGCGGAUGUCCUCGUCUUGUUCUGCGUGUGGUUCCUCGGCGCGUGUGGCAGUUCAUCUCGGCCCAGGGGACAGAUGCUUCAGACCUACAGCCAAGUCAGAUCCCGAAGAGACACAACGAGAACAGACGGGGGAGGCCACAAAUCUGGAAGUCCCGUUCUGAAGAGGAGUCCUGACAUCACAAAGUCCUCGGUUACCAAGUCAGAGCAGCUCCUAAGAAUAGAGAACCACGACUUCACUAUGAGGCCUGGAUUCGGAGGCCCAGCUAUACCUGUGGGUGUGGAUGUCCAAGUGGAGAGCCUGGAUACCAUUUCUGAAGUGGACAUGGACUUCACCAUGACCCUGUACCUGAGGCACUACUGGAAGGACGAGCGGCUCUCUUUCCCCAGCAGCACCAACAAGAGCAUGACCUUUGACAGCCGCCUGGUGAAGAAGAUCUGGGUGCCCGACAUGUUCUUCGUCCACUCCAAGCGCUCCUUCAUCCAUGAUACGACCACUGACAACGUCAUGCUCAGGGUCUACCCCGAUGGGAAAGUUCUGUACAGCGUCAGGGUCACCGUGACAGCUAUGUGUAACAUGGACCUUAGCCACUUCCCUCUUGAUACUCAGACAUGCUCACUGGAGAUCGAGAGCUAUGCCUACACUGAUGAUGAUCUGAUGCUGUACUGGAAGAAAGGGAACGACUCACUGAAGACGGACGACAAGAUCUCGCUCUCACAGUUCCUCAUUCAGGAGUUUCACACCACCACCAAACUGGCCUUCUACAGCAGUACAGGCUGGUACAACCGUCUCUACAUCAACUUCACCCUGCGGCGACACAUCUUCUUCUUCCUCCUGCAGACCUACUUCCCCGCCACGCUCAUGGUCAUGCUGUCCUGGGUCUCCUUCUGGAUCGACCGCCGCGCCGUCCCCGCCAGGGUCCCUCUCGGCAUCACCACCGUUCUCACCAUGUCAACCAUCAUCACCGGGGUGAACGCCUCCAUGCCUCGCGUGUCCUACAUCAAGGCUGUGGACAUCUACCUGUGGGUCAGCUUCGUCUUCGUCUUCCUCUCCGUCCUGGAGUAUGCGGCGGUGAACUACCUGUCCACCUUGCAUGACCGCAAGGAGAGGAACCUCAGAGAGCAGCCGCAGUGCACGUGUGUGGUGACUCACUCGGGUCAGGCAAUGAUGAGCAGCACCUACAGCGAGAUGGAUGCCAUGACGACCAGCCACUAUGGCACGCCGGAGCGCAAUGGGGAGAAGCAUGAGCGUAUCCUGGUGCAGCUGGCAAUGGACAGCGAGCGGAAUGCCCAUGUUGGUGCUGGCGCUGGUGGCAACGGCGGCAGCCGUGCCUAUCGUAGCAUCUGGAUUGACACGCAUGCCAUAGACAAGUACUCGCGGGUCAUCUUCCCAAUUGCAUACAUGAUCUUCAAUAUCAUAUACUGGUCGAUCUACUCCUAACAGCUGCCGAUGCUACUGGGGGUAGUGGGCAAGGAUGCUCUGGAACUUCUGGAGGUCUUGGUGUUUGGUAAGGGUGGCUCUGAUGAAGGACUGAGUGUUUUUCCCAUGAUGGGCCUGAUCUGAGCAACCUUAGCAGGGGACCCAGAGACCUGCUGUGCAAUUUUUCACUGUCAGGUUACACAGUGAAAAUAAAGGAUGUGGAGUUUUGCAUUCCCCAUUCUGAAAGUUGCACGUGGGACAGAUGAGUGUAUAGUUAUCUUCUUUUAGUUGUAGACUGUCUUCACAUUGCAAUGCAGCAGGAGACCACUAUUCAGGUGUUUGCAAUGCAGAGCUAUUCUACUUUGUGUUUAAGCAAUUGUAAAUCUGUACAUUUGUGCAAGGCAUUCUGUGUAGAGUCAAUAGAAACGUACUAUUGUGCAAAAACUGAGGAGGAGCUUAGUCUGUUUGAGAGGGUUUUAUCGUGAGUCCAUGUUCAUGCAGCUCUCAAGACAGAGGUGUAACCAAAGCUAAUCCCAGUUUAGUCUGCUUGUGAUUUUGCCCCAUCGCAGUCACCAUCCACAGAAACAGCAUAGUAUGAGAAAACUAAUCUGUUGUGGAAAAGUGGAGAAAUAUGUUUCAGUACUUGUUGAAUUAUUUGUUGCAACAUUUGAUGUGUUGUGAAGAUGUCCAUAAACUCUUAGGUAAAGGCUUACGACCCGUCAUGUGUGCAAUCAUAAGC